AUGUUCAAAAAAAUUAUCACAUCAACUUUGGUAAGGUCCUCUCAAUAUGGUAAAUUUUUAAAUGAUAAUAAUUUUCAAGUUAGGAAUAUUAAUACAAAUGUUUUAAGUUUUUCUCAACCAUUAAUAUUCAAAAAAGAAACCCCAACAUUUUUCACACCCAAAACUUUAAUUAGUAAUAAUAAUAAUUCAUUCAAAUUUGGCAAUAAAUUAAAUUAUUCAACUGAAUAUAAUAAAAACAAACCAACUGAUACAAUAUUAAAAGAUUCAAUAUUUGAAAAAGAAAAUAGAAAAGGAAAUGAAAAAUCAUUUUAUUCUGGAAAAUUUAACUAUUUUUUUAGUAAUGCAACAAUUCCAACAAUUGUUUUAAUUGUUGCAUUUUAUUACUUUAGUAAUAGUGCUAUUGAAAAUAUUAAAGAAAGUAACUCUAAAUUAUAUAAUGAUAUUACAAAUCUAAUAAAUGAAUCAAAUAAAACUUUUAAAGAAUUAUUAAGAGAAAUGCGUGAAAAGAAUCAAUUAAUAAUAGAACAAAACAAUCAUCAAAUAUUAAUUCAAAAUAAUAGAGUACUAGUUUCAAUAGUUUUAACAUUUUUAUCUUUAAUUUUUUUCAUUAUUGAUUAUAAAAAGAAAUAUAUGUAG